AUGGCUCCGCAGCUGGCUCCGCAGCAUUUGACUGCUAACCCGCCCCAAGCGGGAACCCCGCAGGAGCGAAGCGCGAUGCCUCCGCCCUCGGCGCCACCUGUCAUAGGACCCGCUGGUCGCGGCCAGCCAACAUCCCCCCAGACCGCUAGCAACGCGCUACCAACGGCCAACCAGACUAACAAGCCUGCGCGCAAGGUCAAGAAGGGUCCCAAGAAUACUCGCAAGCAUCCCCUGCCGACUCUUUCAUGUGAGGAGAAGGAGCUCCGUGCCGUUGUAGGAGUGCGUCUGACGCUUCCUGUCAACCAGAACCCGACUCCUUCUUUCAGUGCCUCGACUGAGGAUCCUGUGAGCUCGCUGCCCACCUUUGACAGCUUCUCAGACCUCGACUCGGACGAUGAGCUGAACUGCCUGGUGAUAUUCCACCCUGCCACUAGUGCUGUGCAUAUGGCAGACAAGUGUCAGCGUGUCAAUGCUGACCGCGGUCUCCAACCCCUGCAAUCUACCCCCCAAGCGGCGAACGCAAAGACCCAAAUUGGAACCGCGGCCAAAGGUGCUAAGGGUGCUACCGGGAAGCAGACCUCAAAGAAGAGACCCAGCACAGAGGAUACAACAGAAGCCCGAGCCACAGCUACACCCCAGAGGAACCAGCCUGUGGCAGCUCCAGGCGCCCAAGGGAUGGCCCCCCAGCGGCCAGGUCUCCCUUUCACGCAGGAACAUCUUGCACAAAUAACUCCUCAACAGCGAGCUCAGUUUGAGACACACAUGCAGAGACAUCAGUCUCAAAAUCGGGAACGCCCCACCCGCAAAGCCUAUGCCUAUCUCACCAGAGCAGAAGGCCGCUAUGACCAAAUUGCCUAA